UUACAAAAGAUAUACCAUCUCUUUACUCUCGAGCUCUUAAAACAACACAUUUCAUGUCUGCAACCAAAAAUAUGAUCAUGGAAGAACCAGAGCCGAACCCCACCCCAGAUCACAUCCUGGACUGGAUAGAAGACUCUGUUUCAUGCUUUCCAUCUUUCUUGAAUGACCCGUACAAUUCGGAUGAUAUUAACGGCUACCAGUGGUGGGAUGAAAGCCAAGAUCUGAUUGACUCGAGUGUCACCUCUCUCAACACCACUGCCACCGCCACGAGCACAACACCCACUUACCCCACCAUUUUUAAUCAUCCAUCGCCGCCCGAUUCAUCCAAGAAGAGGAAAGCCUCCGAUCACCCCCUUCCCAAACCAUCCCAAAACCACCACAAUCCGCGGAAGAACCAAAGCCGUCGAACCAGACACGCUGACGAUGGGGAUGCAGCAGUUGAAGAGGUUGUGGCGGUUAAGAAAUCAGUUGGAAAUAAGAAAGGCACUAACAAGGCCACAGGAAGUAACGGUAACAAGGAAGGCAGAUGGGCUGAGCAGCUACUAAACCCUUGUGCGGCUGCCAUCAGCAUGGGCAAUAUGUCACGCGUACAUCACCUUCGCUACGUUCUCCACGAACUCGCCAACGACACCGGCGAUGCCAACCACCGUCUCGCCUUCCAUGGACUCCGAGCACUGGCACAACACCUAUCCAACGCCUCCACUUCCUCCUCCUCAGUGGGGCAGACCUUUGCUUACACGGAUGCCCGAUUCUUCCAACGAUCGCUACUCAAAUUUUACGAGGUCAGUCCCUGGUUUGCCUUCCCCAACAACAUAGCAAACUCUUCGAUCCUUCAAAUUCUCGCGGAAGAGCCUGACCGCUCGCAAAAUCUUCAUAUUCUUGAUAUUGGGGUCUCUCAUGGCGUGCAAUGGCCAACCCUGCUUGAGGCCUUGAGCCGCAGACCAGGAGGGCCGCCUCCACUAGUCCGCAUGACAGUCAUCGCUGCCACAGUUGAAAAUGAUCAAAACAAAGAGACCCCAUUUUCCGUAGGACCACCCGGAGAGAACCUUUCCUCUCGGCUUCUCAGUUUCGCCAAGUUCAUGAACGUUAAUUUACAGAUCAACCGGCUCGAUAAUCAUCCCUUGAAAAGCCUGAGUGCGCAAGUCAUAAACAUAGCCCGUGAUCAAACCUUAAUAGUCUGCGCGCAAUUUAGGCUUCACCACCUGAAUCACAAAUCCCCGGAUGAAAGAACCGAGUUCUUGAGACUACUGAGGAGCAUGGAGCCAAAGGGAGUGAUUUUAAGCGAAAACAACAUGGAAUGUAGCUGCAAGAAUUGUGGGGAUUUUGCAACUGGGUUCUCUCGACGAGUGGAUUACUUGUGGAGGUUUUUGGACUCAACAAGCUCGGCUUUCAAGGGGCUAGAGGGCGAUGAUAGGAGACUGAUGGAAGGAGAGGCGGCGAAGGCUUUGACGAAUUGGGGAGAGAUGAAUGAAAGGAAAGAGAAGUGGUGUGAGAGAAUGAGAGGGGUGGGGUUUGUAGGAGAGAUCUUAGGAGAGGAUGCCAUUGACGGGGCUCGAGCUCUAUUGAGGAAGUACGAUAGUAAUUGGGAGAUGAGACCGGAGGAGAAAGACGGUUGUGUGGGAUUGUGGUGGAAAGGGCAGCCAGUUUCAUUUUGUUCUCUGUGGAAGAUCAAAGAUGGAUAUGAAAACUAAUAGCAGUUAAAACAGUUAUAGCUUUCAGUUCUCUCUUUCCUGCAUUCCAUGUAAACUGUAAGAGUAUUGAGCUGCGUCAAUCUAAAAUUAGGUCACAAAGGUGGGGAGCAUUGCGUUGAAGUCUGUCUCCAUGUAGUAGUGUGACGUCCCCAAAUUCCGUUUGGGAUUGGACGGACAUUUGAAGCGUCGAGAUAUGCAACACAAGGUUACCUGCCCCCGUUCAUGACAUAUAAGA